AGUACCUGCCAAUCAGGAUAAACAUGCUGUUUUAAGAAACCUUUGUGGGUUCCAGGUAACACAACCAGACAGCCAUUUUGUCGAUUCACUUUUUCCAUUGCUGUCCAGGAGCACACGAUUCUGUCAGCGGGACGGAAAUUGAAAUAAUGUAAAUCUUGAUGUAAUGGAUGUCUGGACGUUUUUGACCCAGAGUCAGGUGGUUUAUUGAUUAGCAUGGUAUGCGCAGCAGUGACAUCAGGCCCAGUGAAACACUCAACAUAUUGUAUGAUCUCUGGAAGACAACAAUAGCUAAAGAAGACAUCAUCAUGUUGAAAAUCUUGAAUCUUGUUAAUUGCUCGUUCUCCUUGAACGAAUUCUGAUUUCAAAAUUGAGACAUCUUUCAUGACAGUCAUUCCUGGACUACGUGGAAUUUUUCCUGAAGAUAUGUCUUGAAAUCUUUGCAGAUACUUUCUGAUCUCUUCAUGUUUCACCAAAUUACGGAUAACUAAAUAGCCAUUUUCAUCAUAAAAUUUUCGCUGCUCUGGUGUGAGGAUGCCAUUGUCGUAGGUGUAUGGGCUGUUAACGAUGUGAUUAUUACGUCCUUUUAAAUGUCCUUCGACCAUACGUACACGCAAAUGAGCUGCCAUUUUUCAGCAACCACCAGCUGGCACCAUUUAGCCGGGGGGAAAGGAAAUCGAAUAUGGUAGGGGGGUUAGUACAUUUACGUAAAGUGGAAUUACUUGCCAAAGAACCAUGGAAAGAAACUUGUGUGAAAUCCAUACAAUAUUUGUAAAAAUACAUUUCCCUUCACAUUGAAGUAAUAUUUUGUCCACUGAUCUGUGAUUUCGCCAUAAUAAAAGUUUCCGGUAAUUUAGCGAAAUUCAUUUCCGAACUUGUUCCGAUUGCUGUGUUCGUACAAUCUUCGGAGAGAAACAAAAGGGGACAAAAUGGCUGACGAACAACAGAAAAAUAUUGAAAUAUCUACCGAUGACGAAGGUGUGUUUCAAAAUAAAGUUAUGCCGUAGAAAUAUAUUUGAAAUUAAUUAAAUAGUUCAAUGUCUAGUUAAACAGAUGACUCUUAUAUUUGUAUUUGUGUUUAUAUUUAGAUUAUUUUAUUUAUUUUUCUUGUGAUUGUUGUGUAUGGGGAGUAUGGCAGUAUGGCCUGUAUGGGCAUAAUGGGCCUGCUUAAUACGAACAUAUUGAUUCAUUGUCGAAUUUUAUUAUUGAAUAUGCAUAGUGAGUUAAUAAUAAAUAUAUGUGGAUGUAUGUGUGUUAUUUGUACAUGGGGAAUAAGUGAGCUAUUUCUAAUUUGUCCAGGCAAUAUUCCUGUACCAAGGCAUUGAAAUAUUGAAAUAAAAUCAAUCAACCAAGUACAUAGGUACAAUACAUUUGUACACGUCAGUGCAUGCCAAAAUAGAAAACACGCCAAUAUUGAACUUGCUCAAUGUCAAAGACAAUUAAAUUAUGUUCAAAUCAAUCAAAUGUUGGGAUAUAUUAAACGGUGAUGUUUUGCAAAUUAUACACAGGGAGGAUGCUACAGAAAAAGCAAAAUGGGUGUGGUUGUUGGGUGUGGUAAUUGGGUAUUAAACUCAAUGGGUAGCAUACUAGUGUUCUGGAUACAGUGACAUUUCAUAAUUUAUAUUUCAAACAAAAAACGUUUUUUUAAAUAAGCCAAUAUUUCCAUAUUGUGCAUUUCCACUGCACCUCCAAAUGAAGCAAUAUGCAUCGAGAUAAAAUGCAAUUGAAUCAUAUCACGUAGCUGAGACUGAGAGCAUAACAUGUCAUUUGGAUGCACAGCGGAAACUCCAAAUUGGCUUAUUACAUUGUGUCAGAUUGAUAAUUGAUACUUGGAUUAGCUACAGUAAGCUACUAUUCCCUCUUGUCCACUUACAUAUUCAGUUUUGUCUAUCUUGUGAAACUUCAUAUACAUAAUUCGCCAAUGUAUUUAUGUUUUAUUAAUAUUUAUUUAAUUAAGAGAAAUUAACAAACAAUAGCUACUGUAUAUUUUUUGUUUUAAUACAUAAAAUAACAUUACAAUUGUGAAUACAUCCACUUGUCGGAGACUUCGAUUAUCAUAAUUUAUAGUAUAUAGACCAGAGUACAUUUAAUCUUAGAAUAUAGAUAAUUCAUUUAGUUAUUAGUUUAAAUAUAUAGUUAUGAACACACUAUACAUGCAAAAGGGAAAUGAAAGUGCAGAGUAAUAGACUAGAAGUUAAUUCAUAUACAACACAAGAGAUAAACAGACAUGACUAUGCAACCGCAUUGUCAGGGUGCAGUCGAAACUAUAGGAUCAAAUCGCGAUGAAUUUGCAUAUUUCCCGCAAGGAAACUUUGUCACAUAACCGCAUAGAGUUCGUCAUAUAACCACAAUAAGUUCCUAUUGUUUUACUGUAAAUAUAGCCUGUGUAUGUUAGUUAGACACAUUAGAACUUCAGUCUACUGGAGAGUUAACAUCAAUUGUGAUACAGUGAAGUGUAAUGUAUCUAAUGUCAUUGUGACCUAGCUGUGACCUUUAUUAAAGUUUUAAAAUUUUAAAUGUGAUUUGUGAGUUGUUGGGCGAAACAAGGGAGGCAUGAGGCAAUCCCCAACACACUACUGUUUAGUGUUAGUGACCUUAUCAGAAGCAAUUAAAGCAUUAACAGAUGAGAGAUGUUGCAAAAUUUCUCAAUACAAAUAGUAACUACCCAAAACUGUUAAAGAUAAAUGAGUAAAUAUUUAUGGACACAGGAAAAAUUUCAGCCUUCAUUGUCCAUAAUAUUCCAUAUUUGUUGGACCUUUAAGCUAAUUGAUAUUAAACUAUAGCCCAGUCAUACAGAAAUAUAUUGCAGAGCUUUAAAAAUUUGAUGAGCUUUGUUGCAUAAUUGACAAAUAUUGACUUUGAAAAUCUGUCAAAAUAAAUCAGAAGCAUUAAAUUUGACUAAUUAAAUUAGUCGGAAAUUUGACGUCUUUGACAGGCCUAAGGUAUAUUAUUGAUUAACCUCCUAUAAAUACAACAAAUUAUAUAUAGACUUCAUUAUAUAUAAUUAUAAUAUAAUAAUAAUUAUAUAAUUAUUUUACUUUAAGCUGGACCUAUAAUAUGCGACAACAUUCAAUAAUGUUGUGACACCUAGGGUUUUCUCCUACUACCCCUAUUCAUUUGACAAUAAUACGUUUUUUCUCAGAAUUAGAGAAAGUUGAAUACUAAAUUGUCACUUGAGUAAUUUUAAAAAGAACAAAACAAUAGACACUCCAUUUUAAUCAAUGUUUCGACUAGAUUUCAGUCAUCAUGGCUGAACUCCUAGUCGAAACGUUGAUUAAAAUGUUAACUAUUUUCGGAGUGUCUAUUGUUUUGUUCUUUUUAAAAUUGUCACCUGUGUUCUCAUUUUUGCAACAGGGUUUUAAUUGUAACAUUCAAAUAGAAUCAGCCUAGCUAGAUGAGGCCUAUAUAGCUUCUAUUUAAUUUAUUUCUGUGUUUUAGCUUUUGUAUGUAACAAUUAAGACUUUGAUCCAGUAUUGACAUUAGGUAGUGUAUGAGCAUACAACAGAAAUCUUGCUGAGUAAAUGCCUACUGUGUAACAAAAUAAUAUGGUUACAACUUACUGAGAAUUUUCGAGAGGAAUUUGUACAUUGAGUUAUUAUGUCAUGCAGGGACGUGGGAAGCUUGAUAAUAACCAAUGCUUAGGGCCCUAUUUAAGGACAUUCAUUACCUUAUUUUUUUAACAUAAAGCCUGAUUUUCACAGGCACAAUGGUCUUUAAAUUAGACUUUACGCAUUAACACCGUGAUACUCGUGCACGAGUUUAUUACUUUAAAAUACUCAUUAAUAAUUCAUACACCUUGUGGCAAAUCAUGUCAGCCAUAAUAUGUCAUGUGGCAUGACUUUAUAUCUGAUAAAAUUCAUCUUCAUUAGUAUUUAAUUGUUCAUCGAUCCUAAUUAGUAUGAUUAUAUAAUUGUUCAUCCUAAUUAGUAUUCUUUAGUAGUCGUAUUUUAAGCCACUCAAAACACUCGUCGUGUUUUAUCAGAUAUAAAAUGCUCGGCUGCACCUCGCGUUUAUAUCUGAUAAAACACUCCUACUCGUGUUUUAAAUAGUACGUAACAAAUGUCAAACGGUAGCAGAUCUAUAUUGCAUGUGCAUUGUCAGAAUAAGCAGAGAAAAUCGUGGCAGGCAGUGCUUCAAAACAAGCAAUAAAAGUAAAGGCCGAGAAAAUUGACAUGCCGACACAUGUAUUCGCUUCUCGAGUGCUUGAGGCAACUUCUCAGCAAUGUGUGUGAUAGAACGAUCGUUGCUAAAUGGGAUGGAAGAGAGCAAGGUUUUUGACGGCUACUUUUCAAGAAAUAGUUAAAACGCGUGAACGUAUCAACAACAAUUAAGGAACUUAUAACAAUCCUAAACCUUACGGUAACCCUUGCCCUAUAAACCUAAUCCCAAUCCUAAUAUUAACCAUAAACUAAAGCGAACUCUGAGUUUAAAUUUUGGACUAUUCUUUAAAACCUCCUCCCGUCCAUGCCUUUUAGCCAAUUACCAUGAUAGAACGAGCUAGGAUUCAUCGCUCAAUGGGAAAUACCGCGUGCCCAAAAAGUAUUUUGAGUUCCGCCCACCAAUUGUGUUAUUUUGAGAUCCAAGCAGAACGCGGGUUAAUAACAGUGAUUUAUGGUUAUUUUCCACAAUAGAUCCCUUUAGAUCCCUUUUCUGUGAAUAAAAUUAUCAAUUUCUCACUUAUUUAAUAGAGACGUACAACGCGGAAAACUCAAACUUCUUUUGCAGAAUACAGAUGCAUCAUUUCUCGUUUUAUAAUAAAGUUAGAUUUGAGAACAACGAAAAACGUAGUGAUAUAAUUUGGCGAACUUGCAACGCUUUGCUUCAAAAUUUACCCAUCAUAGAGAAUAAUUUACGUAUUAAAAAUACUAAUUUAAUAAUUAGCUACUUGAAUGGAUCAUUAGACAUUACAAUAGGAUUUAAUAACAAUUUCAAAUCGAAAAUUAUAGUGAAUUGUUGGUGUAAUGUGUAGUCUGCAAUAAAUCACAAAAUAGUAUUGACUCUCACCUUGCGAAAAUAAAUAUUGAAGGAUAAAUAUUGGUAUUUCCCAUUGACCGCCUACACAGGCUGAGAUUAUCUCUGUCUUCAUGAAAAAUGAUUGGGGGGGGGGGGGGGGGGCUGAGCCCGUCCAAACCGAAAGAAAAUUUGAACAAGUGCGCUAAGGUCGGGUAAUUUUCGAAGAGCUGGUGUAAUUGAUACAUAUUACGUCACAUGAAGGUGUAGUUAGUGGCAAAGUUGUCAAAAUCAGCAAUAUACCUUAUGUGACUUUGCCACAUCACUGCUACUGCCAAUCAACACAAUAUGUUUUAUUAUGUAAUAUAGAAAACAACCUAAUAUGAAAGGUCAUCUUUUGCUCGUAUGUUACAAAAAGACAGACGCCGUCCUGCUGUGAUGAGUUUGUAUGAGACAAUGUCUGGAUAUAUUCCAGCACUGAAACACAGCAGACACUCAUAUGAGAAACUUAUCACAGGAUUUGCCAAACCAGCUUUUUUGUUGAAAUGCAGCACAUGUAGUAACUACUCUAAUAUGACUUACAAUUUUAAACACUUUAUUUUUUGCAGAAAAGGUAACUGUGGAUGAAAGGCAACCUGACGAUGAGGUGGUCAAGGACCAGGAAGAGGAUAAUAAUGAGGAAUCAAGUGACAAACCUAGUGCAGAGCCAUAUGACAGUCCUAGUGAAGAGUCAUGUGACAGCGCAGAGUCAUAUGAGUGGCCAGAAGAUGAUGAGUUGAUUGUCAUAGAAACUGGAGACGGAGCACCAUUAGUUGGAACAGUUGAGACUGCUGAAUCAUAUUAUGUUGUGAAUCCUAAUCAACAUUCUUUCAAUGGACUAUCACCAUCAGGUAUUGUAUUAAUUCCUGCAUUAUCAAACAUUACACAUUAGUAUUUUUGCACAAGUGAACAUAACAAAUCCUACAAGGUG